GCCAAAAGCAGCUCCAGCACGAAGAGGAAGGAGCGGCUCCAAACGCUGAAGUUUUAAGAGCGUGGAUCUGAACGUGCGCUCGAGAAACUUGCAGCCAAAUGCUGCCAGCGCUUGGUGUGAAGGGAGAAACAGAGUGCUGGGAGAAGGAAGAAAAUCAUGUGCCAGAUUUGGCAAAGCCUCCAGUAAAUGAACCGAGGGAACCGGAACAGUUUCUAAUGCAGGCACCCCAGGGAAAUCCACUGCUUCUUUCCCACACCCUGCAAGAGCUAUUGAGCAAGGAUAGUGUGCAGGUGGAGCUUAUACCUGAGAAGAAGGGCCUUUUUCUGAAACACGUGGAAUAUGAGGUUUCCAGCAAGAGAUUCAGAUGCUCAGUCUACAGGCGAUACAAUGAUUUUGUGGUGUUCCAUGAGAUGCUGCUUCAGAAGUUCCCAUAUCGAAUGGUGCCAGCACUUCCACCAAAGAGGAUGCUGGGAGCUGAUAGAGAAUUCAUAGAAUCCAGGAGGAGAGCACUGAAGCGCUUCAUAAACCUGGUGGCUCGACAUCCCCCUUUCUCAGAAGAUGUGCUCUUGAAACUCUUUCUGUCCUUCAGUGGCUCAGAUGUACAGAAUAAGCUAAGGGAGUUGGUCCAGGGAGUAGGAGAUGAAUUUAUGACCUGCAGAUUAGCUACCCAGGCCAAGGACUUCCUUCCAGCUGACAUACAGGCCCAGUUUGCUGCCAGCAGGGAGCUCAUCAGAAAUAUUUACAAUAGCUUUUAUAAGCUCCGGGACCGUGCGGAGAGGAUAGCUUCUCGAGCCAUUGAUAACGCCUCCGACCUGCUCAUAUUUGGAAAGGAGCUAAGUGCUCUGGGCUCCGACACUACACCGCUUCCUUCCUGGGCUGCUUUGAAUAAUAGCACAUGGGGGACUCUGAAACAAGCCUUGAAGGGUCUGUCUGUUGAAUUUGCACUUCUGGCAGAUAAGGCUGUGCAGCAGGGUAAACAGGAAGAAAAUGAUGUGGUGGAGAAGUUGAACCUUUUCCUGGAUUUACUCCAGUCCUAUAAAGACCUGUGUGAAAGACAUGAGAAGGGAGUAUUGCACAAGCACCAGCGAGCAUUGCACAAGUACAGCAUGAUGAAGAAGCAGAUGAUGAGUGCCACCGUGCAGAACAAAGAACCAGAGUCGGUGGAGCAAUUGGAGUCUCGGAUAGUGGAGCAAGAAAAUGCUAUCCUGACCAUGGAGCUGCGGAAUUACUUCUCUCUCUAUUGCCUGCAUCAGGAGACACAGCUCAUCCACAUCUAUCUGCCUCUCACCUCUCACAUUCUAGGGGCCUUUGUCAACUCCCAGAUUCAGGGUCACAAAGAGAUGAGUAAAGUUUGGAAUGAAUUGAAGCCGAAGUUGAGCUGCCUCUUCGUGGGAUCUACUAACAUGCCAACUCCACCAUUGUCACCUCCAGAGGGAAACUUCUUCUCCAAUUAAUGCUCUGAGCACCUAACAUAGAGCAAGAAGUGCAGUCAAGAAAGGGGUGGGACCUCUACCUCCAGGUGUUAGAAUGAAUCCUCCAAACAGCUAUUUUUUUUGUUUGUUUUUUUUAUUUUGAUCCCGCUGCUUUGAGCUGCUCUGAUUUAGACAGACUGGAUGUGGGGUAGAACGUGGAUGUAAAGACAAUCUCUUCAUUUGGAAGUGCUCUGAGGCAGAACUGAUCUUCUUUAUCUUGCAGACACUCUUCAUGGGGUGAGGGUGCGGUCUGGUGCAGUGAAUGCUGCAGCGUUGCUGCCGAAGCCUCUGCACCUUGUACUAACACUCCUCCAGUCUUAUUUCUCUGCACACAUGCCAACACCUUUCUGAAGUGCUGAGGUGAACAGGAUGUUUGAAGCAUCUGCUCGUGAUGAAUUGUCUUUUAAGCUUGGGAGUGCCUGUGUUAGGGGUGUAAGUGCAUGAAAGGAAGCUGAGAGCCAUCCCCCAUCCUGUUGAUAGGUGUCUAGAUUUGAUUUCUUACUGCCAGCCUUCAGCACAAAGUAGGUGACUGAAGUAGCUGGAGUCACUGACCCAGCUGGGAAGGGGUUAGUGCUGCUGUGUGACAGUCAUUUCUCAGUGAGGCUGGGCAGGCUGUGCUGGCAGUGUGUUCUGGUCCAUGGUUGCAGGACAGCCUAAGGACUUGCUCAGAUUUUUCAGUUUGGGGCCAAAGACAGCUGGGUUCAGGAACCCAGAGAGGUUUGCCUGACAUAAAUGAGAAAAUAAUUGAAUGCAACACUCCAUAAUGCUGAACCACUUACAGUGUGUGAGCACAACAGCCACAUACAGCUUGUUUGGUUUCUUCUGGAGGUUCUGACAUCCAUCUGUCGAGUAGCUGUUGAGGACUUUCAGAGAGCUGCUGACCCGAGGGCUCAGUGUUUUGUUGGUUCCAAUAGCAGAUGGAAUAUCCUGUUAAACCAGCAGACUGGGACACAGUGCUGAUAGAGUUCAUGAGCAAAAAAAAAGAUCAGUUAUUUGUCAGGAUGUUACUGUCAUUCUUCUUUCCUGGCUGUGAGUAGCACUGGAGUGUGUUAGUGAAGGAGAGAAGACAAUUAAGUGACAGUUCUCUGUCUCUCUAAAAGUAGCACAGUCCUUGGUAAUGGGCUUUUCAGAAUGAUUGCUGCUUGGCAUAAAGGGAUUAAACAUUCUCCAUAUUUCACUUUUUGUAUCUCCAGUGACUUUCCCUCAGGAGGCAAAGGGUAGGAGAGCUCACAGGUCACGUUACUUUAGGGGAAAUUGUGCAUAUCCUCUGGGGAAACUGUAACUGACAAAACUGCAGGUGGACACAGCAAACCUGUGUGAACAGAACUCUGCUGAUCCUAACUUCUCUGGGGGCAAACAGCUGCCAAAGGGGAAUGUUGAGAUUUGGCUUCUUAGCAUUUUCUUUGAGUUGGUAAAAAGGAAGCACACUAAAUAAGGAUGAAUGCUUGUGUCAAACUGGAACCAUUACAUUAUUUUUCCUGUUGGGGAACUUCACCAUUAGCAGGAAAUGUAUUUAAAUCCUCCAAUCACAAAAGCAUUUUGUCUUUCUUUUGGUUUGUGGGUUGUUUUUUUUUCCCCCUUCCAUUUAGAAAGUUCAGUGCAAUGUGAAGUAAUUCCUAGUCCAGGUGGAAAUUAGGGAUUAGUUUCUUCAGCUAGGAGCAAGGUAAUAAGUUACUUGUCCACUUUUGUGAGGCUGGCUUAGCCAUUACAUACAGCCCUCAAGACGUGGCAAAGUGCAGGUAGGUGGGUAAAUUUCUUGGAGGCUGGGCCUUAAGGAGUGUGUAGGGUGUCUGAUUUAACAACCUUGCUCAGAAUCCAUUAUUAAAAGCUUUUUAUAGCAGCUCAAAUGUUAACUCCUGUUAAAAUGUUUCCUCUUGCCUGUUGUCCUUGCCCAGUGAAGUGUGUUAGCUGUGAAUGGUGGUGACAGAUUGGGUUCUCUCUCCUGAAGAUGUUCAGAGCAAUGCAGAAGAGGUUUGCUCACAGACCAGAGCAAACUGGCUGGGGAGGGAAGUGCUUCUGCAGUGCAGUAACAAAGAUAGUAUCAUCUCAAGAAUGGCACCAAAGGUUGUUUUGCUUGACCUUGUCUCGACUAAGAAGACAAUUUAUGGUUCAAGUGUGGAAGCCUUUUACCACAGUUUCACACACUUCUCACUCCUAGCAUCUUCAGGAGGUGCUGGCCAAUCAUUUGAUUAGUCUUUGUACCUGUUCUCCCUCAUUUAGUCCUGUUUGCCUGAUGUGGUGAACACUCAGACUGAGGAAAUGUUAUGUGCUUUGGGGCAAGGUCUGAUACCUGCAUGAUGGAUCUUCUGUGUAAGGUGUCUGGCUGAAGUAGGUGACCAGGCUAUGUUGUGAGGACCAUGUGCAAAGUAUUAGCUGGAAUGAAACUUUGCACUUCUCACCUUUUAGGGGAAGGUUAUGAUGUUGAACUUCAUUUAAAAACAAACAAAAUGCUCCCCUGAACAAACAAACAUCAAAACCACAUUUGGACUUCAGACUAACUCCUCUUUUCCCUGGUCUCCUUCAAAGCAAGAAUGCUGCUGUCCCAGCGCACAGGCUGCAAUAAUGGCAACCACAGAGCACAUUGCCUAUCAAGAAACUGGAAUUGGGCUGUUUUGGGAGAACACCCAUUGCUCCACUGCCAGCCCCCACCCCUUUGAGAAGGGCAGUUUUGAGGGUGGGGUUUUCUUGGUUUGAUUUUACUCUGUUCACUGAGCAUUCUGAGAACAGAGGCCUAAUGUUCUCAGAGCUGAUAUAGCUAAGUGGCACUUUGGGAGUUUAUUUUGUACUGGACUGCCAAGCUUCUGUCUAAAUUCCUGCACAGACUAUUUCAUACAACCUGUAGUGUGCAAACCUUAUUUCUGGGAGACUGGUCAGUGUGCAAAUAGCACCAUUAUGUUUACCUCAUUAUGUGAGGGAUUUUUUUUUUGCUGUACUUGUUCUGUGUAGCUUAGGGAUCUGUCAGACUUAGAGUGAAGCAUCAAGUGCAGCUUCCUUCCUCUAGGGGAAUGCAGCAGGGAGUCAGUCGAGUUGACUUCAGCUGUCUGUGUCCUCUAGUCAGUGUAGGAGAAACAGUUCUAGUUACCUCCAUGUUAUUGCCUUCUGCUAUAUGCAAGUGAGAACAAGACUGAAUGAAGUUGGUUCCGUUGCUGGUAGCUGGGUAGAUUGCAAUAAACACUAAGCAAACCAGAUGAACAGAGUGCUUGCUGCCUGUCCAAGAACCGAUGCUUCUUUAAGAUAUAGCGCCAAAGAGUUAAUGUGCCUUCUUGAGUGGAAGCUUUCAGGGCAUUGCUUGAGAGCAGGGGACUUGCCACUGGCAGAAAAGGCCUCCUGUCUUUAUGUCAGUGUCUGUGGUGGAGGUUAGUAAACAGCUGAGAACCUGAAAUUUGGCCUGAAAAGAGCUUUAUCAGAAGGGCUGUGUGCUUUUGUUGCUCCUGAGGGCUCCUCUGCUUUGAGUUGUGAAGUGGCAAUAAACAGGCUUUUUGAGCAGUAUGUGUUACAAGCCUUUCCAAACUGGAUUUACAAUACAACCUUAAUCUCUAAUCCUUUUUCCCCCCCCAUCUUCCAUUUUCCUCCUAAGUUGAUCCUCCUAGGUUAUGUUUUCAGCAGUGCCUUGCUGCAUUCCAGUGCUUUUACUCUUGAUCGUGCAAGGGGAUAUUUCCUGGAGUUUGUAACAGGCUAAUUUACAAUCUUUAGUUUGUGCUGUUUCCUAUAAAGACAAAGAUCACCAUCUGGGGACAAAACUUAAUUAAAACAUGUCAGUCUCCACAGCUGCUGCAGCAGCAGGAAUGUCACAUGAGCUCAAAGUCAGUGCUGGUGAAAGCACCUUCAUCAAAGGAUGGAGCUGACUGCAGAAGAGGGAAUAGCAAAUAGAGGUGCAAGCCUGAGCCACACUUGUUCUUUUUUUUUUCCUCUCUCUCUCCAUGCAAUUUACACUUUCCACCAGGAAGUAAGACAACAGGUAUUGGCUGCCAGACACUUCCUUUCCUACCACACAGUAAGGUAGCUUGCAAGCUACCUAUUGUUUAUCUUCUUAUGCUUAUUUUCUCCAUGUGCCUGGAGCCUUUCUCUGUUAGAACAGCCAGAAAUCCUUCCUGCUCUGUCAGAACCAGAGACAAGUAUCAGAAACUCUAAGUAACUCGGUGUGCAGCACAAAAGAAAAGGUGUUAACUCUUAUCUCUUAAGUUGGAGCUGUGGCUUACUGAGCAUCUCAAGUAGGGCAUUUUUGAGCGGUAUAAAUUAUUCAGAACUGCUGGAGGGAGACAAGAAGCAAUCUUGUUCAGAGGGUGUGAAUUCUGCCUGCCUGGGAUAUCCUGUAUCUUUGCUUUGCUCAAAUAGCCUUAUGUAUGAAGCACUUUAUCCAAAUGCAGGAAUUAAAGAACUAUUACUACAGCUGGUAGACUGGAAAUGUUUACAGAUCCUGUAUUACAUUCCAAGAUUCUAUCUGUAAGUGUUAUAUGUCUUUGUAAAAGUGUUUAAAACCAACAAAACUUGUGUAAGAA